AUGGCGGCGCCCUCGCCCUCGCCCGUGGCCUCAUCCAAAAUCCCCGAAAAGCUCGAAGUGGUCGAGCUGGCGGUUGAGGCAGAGUCGGACCCAGACCCAGAGCCAGAGCUGGACCUCGACGAGUCACGGCUAGCGGGCAUCUUUGUGAAGGACGGCAACGAGAACGGACAGCUGAGAUUCCUGGCUUCGGGGCUGACCAGCAGCAGCGGCAGCACCUCGACCAAUACUGGCUUCAACUCUGCCCUGAAUCAGUACAUUACGAACAAGCAGGACAUGCUGGAGCAGCUGCGUCCGAGCAGCACGGGCACCGGCAUCACCACUGGCACGGGCACAUCCCUCGUGACGGGCACCACCACGAGUGGCACGGGCACGGGCACGGGCAGCGGACUGGUCACCACCACCACGAAUGGCGCCAUUUAUGUGAACCUCGGUGGCACCUCCUCAUCGUCCACGUCGUCGGGCUCGACGGCCACCAGUUCGGCCAUCAAUCAGGCCAUCUAUGGCGCCUCACCCAUUGCGGAUCUUUUGCCCCAGAUCGUGGCUCAGGGCGCCCUCUCGUCGCGUCGUCGUCCUGGCAACAACAACAACAUCCGUCGUCGUGUGCCCAAUCGCCGUCGCGUCAACAAGCGACGUGGCAGCGUCAACAACAACAACCUGCAACGCCGCCGGCGCCGUGGCAACAAGCGGGGCAAGAACAAGGCCCAGGUGAUGGUCGUGCGUCCCAACCGCGGUUGAUUCUGCCCCACACCCAACCCUACUCCUCC